CCAACAGUGGAAAAUGGCCUGAGCCAAUUCAAGGGACCACUGAUGAUGGGGAGGCCAUGGUUUUGGGCCCUCCUGGUUGAGAUUCUCAGGGUGGCCUGCCUCUUUCCUCUCCCUCCUGGAGGAGGACAGGGCAAGGUGACCUCACAAGAGGCUGUGCUUGCAGCUGUGAAGUAGCAGCAGCUCACCCAAUUUGAUGGCCACCCCUGUAGUCCAUCCAGAACAUCGCACUCCCACCCUUACAGCUGAAAGGAAGACCACCCGGGAGCUUGUCUCUAUGCCGCUACGAGAAGAGGGCUUAAGAAGGGAAGCUGGCAUCUGCGGUCCCGGUCAGAUAAGUCUCGUGGGUAGCCGGGCAGGGCUACCUUCUCGUCCCGCUCAGCCAUGGCGCGUCCGCUCAACAUGGACACGCUUCAGCAGAACUUCUGGAAGGAAGAAUAUCAGAAAGAGAUCAUGCUACGCUUCGCCUGGCACCAGAAGUACGGGGCCCUGGUCAAAGCCAAGCAGGAGAGCCUACGGGAACGGCGCAAGAAGGCCGAGGACACCACCCUCCGCCUGCCCUCCAUCCGCCCCCCGCCCCCGGUCAAACCCAGCUCUCCCCCUCCACCCCUCCCUCCACCCCCGCCCAAGCUGGUCCAGCUGCUGGCCCGGGAACGUGACCUGACCGGACUGGACACGGCCCUUUUGGAGAUGGAGAUGAAGCCGGCUCCUCGCGAAGUGCGCAACCUUCUGUAUCAGGGAAUCUCCCACGAGGACGAGGGACGUUACCGCUACUUGAAGAUGCGCCUUCUCGUCGCGCCGGAGGAGAAGUACACCUUCCCCAUCACCACCAACUUCACCUACGGCUGGCAGAUGGGGAAAAUGGCCGCCUUCCACGUGGCCCCCACAGCCAAGACCCGCACCGACAGCUUCUUCCGAAAGAACGGCGCCUUCUCUCUGCUGCAUCCUCGCGAUGUGGCCCUCUGAGUGCCAGUUCCACAGAAACCAAGACUAUUGGAUUA